AUGACGCUGUCGCGAUCACCCUCCCCGCUACCAGGAGGAGGUUGGUCAAGUCCCGGCCUGACGCCAGGCAGCGGUGCCACGAGUCCACGAUAUCCAACAACGGGUCAUGGUUCACUGAGUCCCGGCGCAAUAUCAUGGGCGAGCGCCAAAGCGAAAAGCGAUGAAGUACGUAGUUAUCCGUCUUUUUCGACUAGGAAUUCGGGUUUCUUUUCCAGACAGAAGCGCAAGAUUUCUGCUAGUUUACCGCGGUUCUCGUUAUCGAGGGAUUUUCGAGAACAGGAGAAAUUGGGUCGCGGACGAUCGACGGGAUGGAGGGCGAGAGAUAAUACUCAAAAGGGGAGGGUGGUUUCGUUUGUGGGCAAUUUGAUGCAUCGCAGGAGGUUUAGACUAUUACUUUUGUUGCUUGUGGGAUUUAUACUAUAUUUGAAUUUUUGGUCUCGUUUGGUCGAGGCGUACCGAGCAUCUGCAUUCGGGAAUGGGAAGAAAAUCGUCAUCAUCACAGCGUCGAACGUCGAGGGAGGUGUUAUGGAGUGGAAAGGAGCGCGCGAAUGGGCGAUUGAACGGGUUAGUUUAUGGAAUAAGAGGAAAUAUGCCAAGAAAUGGGGCUACGAGCUUGAAAUCGUGAAUAUGGUUGCCAAAAAGCGCUAUGCGCACGAAUGGCGCGAGAGUUGGGAAAAGGUUGAUUUGAUUAGGGAUGCGAUGAAGAAGUAUCCCAACGCGGAAUGGUUUUGGUGGCUGGAUUUGAAUACCUUUAUCAUGGAAUAUUCGUACUCCUUGGAGAAUCACAUCUUCAAACACCUUGGCGAAUACACAUACCGCGACAUCAAUUACUACAAUCCUUUGAACAUCACCCAUCCUCUGACAGAUGUCUACUUCGACCCCAUAUCUCGAUCUGCUACUGGCGACGACAACCCCAAUUCUAUCAACCUAGUCCUACCCCAGGACUGCGGCGGCUUUAAUCUAGGUUCCUUCUUCAUCCGCCGCUCAGACUGGACCGACCGUCUCCUCGACAUCUGGUGGGAUCCCGUCCUCUACGAACAGAAACACAUGGACUGGGAACACAAAGAACAAGACUCCCUCGAAUAUCUAUACGCAAACCAACCCUGGAUCCGUCUCGGCACCGCAUUCGUCCCUCAACGAAGAGUCAACUCGUUUCCUCCAGGUGCAUGCGGCGACGGUACUGAUCUCGGCAUCCAUUAUCAAGAGAAACAUCGCGAUUUCUUGGUGAAUAUGGCAGGCUGUAAUUGGGGUCGUGACUGUUGGGCGGAGAUUUAUGGAUAUCGAGAGUUGAGUAAUUGGUUGAAUCGGACGUUAUGGGAGAAAUUCAAGGACUCGAUUACGGACUUCUUUAGGAGGUGGAGGGGUGUGAAGACUUUGUAUGAGGAACAUCAUGAAUGGGUUCAAUGAUUUUUUUCAAUUCUCUUCUUAUGAUAUAUUUUUGAAAGAUAUCGGAUGCUAAUAUCAAUUUUUCUUCUGUUUACACGGAGUUGCUUC